GGCAGCCGACAGCGCAGCAGCCAGCAUGCGACUCGUGCUCCUCGUGGCCCUUCUCGUGUCGGCCGCAUCGGCCAAGUCCUUCCUCACCCAGCUGCUGGGCUUGGACUUUGGCGUAAGUAAGGGCGGCCCAAAGGCGGACGCGAAGCAGGACAGCAGCCCCAUCAGCAACUGUGUGUGCAACGGCCCCGGAUGCGUGUGCUGCAACGACUUUAAUCUCACCUACAUUGACCUAGGCGGACCAGGCUGCGUGAGUCUGAAAUACCUUUCUCCUGAGGAAGGAAUGGCUGUGAACGUCUCCUACGGUGACAGCCUGCUUCACAGCGAGGUCGUCAAAGGCCCGAACCCUGAGCCGACGUGCAUGAGCCUGCUGACGGACCUGGCGCAGGUGUGCGCCCGCAUCCAGGACCUGCAACCGACCUCAGAUGGCAUGCGGGGCUGCGUGAGCAUGGAGCCGCGGCUGCUGGGCGAGUCGACGGCCGAGUACGACCUAGGCUGCUUCCGCGUCGGGCCUGAAGGCAUGACCUUCGACCCUCCAGCCAACAACACGAGGCCCGCCACCACCCAGGGCGAGGCCGGAACCGCUCCUGAGGAGGAGGAAGGCGAGGGCCCGACCGAGGAGGAGGUAAUCGCGGCUGUGAACGAGACCGCUGAGCAGGGCCUCGCCUUCCUCGGCAGCCUUUUCGGCAUCGACUUUGCCAGCCUGGCCGGCAACGCCACCGAGACCCCGGACGCUGCCUCUGAGGCCCCCGUCGCUGAAACCAGCACCACCGAGCGCGCCGCCAGGGCCAUGGUCGUGGCCAACAACCCCCGCCUCAACGAGGUCUGAUCUCCCGAGCCAAUGAGAAUGAGUGAAAACCGGUCUUCAAGGGUGCAAAGCCCACGUAGUGUGCUUAUUUAUUGCUCUUUUCUAGUGUCUUUCCGCUUUUCUGUAUACUUUUUACAAAAUAUAUAUUAUUAAUUGUAACAGGA